UUUAUUUUAUGUAUCGGUUUCCUACAUCUCUCUCGUUGUGCCUGUUUUCAGUGCAUAAUCAUAUAGCUCUGUCGUUGGUCCUCCUCUGUUCACAUUAUGAUCUUUCCUGAUACAUUGAUUUAUCAUAUUAAAAACCAUUUGUAUUUUUACCAUUAUUGGAGUGUCUAGCUCUUGUUUUGAUGCGGUAUUUACGUCUACUCCGUAAUUAUAUGCCACCUUUUUGUGUUGUUUUAUUGUUUUAUUCCCAUAACUCUUGUUUACAUUCUUGCGUGCCUCAUACAUUUACGAUGAUAAAGUCCAGUGUCCUCAUUCACCCCACAGGUGUAUCAUAUCCAGAUAUGUGAAUUUCCCUCUCCUCGGCACCUUCUGGCACAUGCCCGGUGGAGACCCCAAGCAGAGGAUCUUUUUGUCUAUUUGGAUGGUACAUAAACUAACGGAAGCAUCAUCUCUGCUGUAUAAGCCCAUGAGAUCAAUACCUGGACCCUCACUGGAAUGUGUCCUGCAAAGGCCCAACGAUCUUGUUAGACUGUGUACCUGGGGCUUGGAGCCAAAAACCUAUAUGAAUUGCUUAUAAAACUUCAUAACUUGACAAAGCCUAGGCGGGAUUGGUGACAUCACCAAAAAAGUCCAAGUUUCAUUAAUCCCAGUUGAAGCUUUGUUACUAUCAAUCAAGUAAGCCAAAGGAUGAAUGAGGAAUGUGGUCUGCUAGGCUGGGACCUUUCCAAGAUGACAGAUGAGGAAAUGCUGUCUCAUAGUAAAGAAGAACUAGUUAGGAAGCUGAGAGAAGAGGAGGCAGAGAAGAUGGCUGCCCUUAUUCAGAGAGGCCGUCUCAUCAAAGAGGUCAACCGCCAACUCCAAGGUCAUCUAACAGAAAUACGUGAGCUAAAACAAGUCAACCAUCGUCUUCAAGAAGAGAACAGGGAGCUGAAAGAUCUCUGCUGCUUUUUGGAUGAUGAUAGGUUAAAGAGCAAGAAGCUGGCUAGUGAGUGGCAACUGUUUGGCUACCAUGCAGCUAAGGUAUUGAGGGAGGACCUUGGCGGGUACCUUAAGAAGCUUUCUGAGCUUGAGAGACGUCAAGAGGAGCUCAUGCGUGAAAACUCCUGCCUGUCUGAGGUUUUUCUUGCUCUGGAAGAAGAUGGUGCCCCCAUACGGCAUCAUGCCAGCCCUGUUGCUUCAUCAGAGCUAAGCCUUUUACCCUGUGGGCCACGAGACUUAGGAGAUGGGAGUUCUAGUACGGGCAGUGUGGGCAGCCCAGACCAGCUUCAUGUUGUUUGCUCUCCAGAUGACUGAAAAUGGAUGGGAUAGCCAAAAUAUUGAAUGUAUAUGACCACAGUUGGGGGGACGCUUGACUUUGGACUGGGAUACUAACAGGGGAAUUAAUUUGUGAGUGGGUAAGCGCAUUCUUUCUUCAUUGGGAAUUCAUUGUAUGCACACUUGAGAAAAGAUUGGUAACAGAUAUUGUUCACCCGCAUCUCCACAUACAGGAGAGAGAACUCCUUGUCCUAUUCACUCCUUUCUACACAUCUACACUCAAAA